AUGUCUGUUCAUGAUAAAUCCUUGAAAACCAAUGAGGAAAUGGCUCUUCAGAUCCUCUUGCUUUGCCAGUUUGGUGUUGGGACUGUGGCCAAUGUCUUUCUUUUUGCCCAUAAUUUCUCUCCAACAUUCACUGGUUCUCCACAGAGGCCCAUACAGGUGAUUUUAAGCCACAUGGCUGUGAGCAAUGCCUUGGUUCUCUUCCUUACUGCAUUUUCCAACAACAUGAUUCCUUUUGCUCCAAGAAAUCCUCCAACUGACCUCAGAUGUAAAAUAGAAUUCUUCACUCGCCUGGUGGCAAGAAGCACAAACUUGUGUUCCACCUGUGUCUUGAGUAUCUAUCAGUGUCUUGUUCCUGUUCAUAGAGGUAAAGUUAUACUCAGAGGAAGUGUCCCAGAUUUAGCAAAUUACUCUUGUUAUGGUUGUUGGUUUUUCAGUAUUCUAAAUAACAUCUACAUUCCAAUCAAUGUCAGUGGUCCACAGAUAACAGACAAUAACACUGAAUCUAAAAGCAAAUUUUUCUGUUCCAUUUCUGGAUUCAGUGUAGGCAUUGUUUCCUUGCGGUUUAUCCAUGAUGCCACAUUUAUGAGCAUCAUUGUCUGGACCAGUUUCUCCAUGGUGCUUCUCCUCCAUAGACAUCACCAGCAAGUGCAGCACAUCCUCACUUUCCAUCAUGAAUCCAGAGGUCAAGCUGAGACCAGAGCAACCCAUACUAUACUGAUGCUAUUGGUCACAUUUGUUAGCUGUUAUCUGACAAAUUUUAUCUGCAUCUUCUUUCACACCUACUUUAUAGAUUCUCAUGUCUUCAUGAGGUAUGUUGGUGAAGUUUUGGUCUUAAGCUUCCCCACAAUUUCUCCCUUAUUGUUGAUCUUCAGAGAUCCUAAGGAUCCUUGUUCUGUGUUCUUCAACUGUUGA